CGCGUGCCCAAAACCACAACCCCCCUGGCUUGCUUAGAGUACAGAAGGCCCAGCAAGCUUGCGCCAAAACUGCCCGCGAGUAUUUCGUCAACAGCCGUGACCGUACUCACACCAUCUGCCCUCGCAACCACCCACGCCACAACGCCAGUGACUCGUGCUUCACAAUCGCCGUAGCCUCGCCUCGCGCACCCACAGCUCCGAGUCAACCCAUUGAUGCCGUCGCGCCGCGCCCUCGUCACCGUCAAGCGCGUUUCCACCGUCAGCCGAAUGCGCAUACCAAUUGCUCCCGGACAACCGAGCAUGUCAAGUCCGUGAUGAUUAUUUGCACCACAUCGCAGCAUUAUCCGAUCACCGUCUCGAAGCUCUUGGUCCAGCCCGGGGCGGAGGUAUCGUUAUUUGAUGCGCUGUUCAAAUACACAUACAAGAGCCCAGUCAUCGAGGGCGACAAGUAUGGCGACGAACAUGAGGUUCUCAAAACCUUCCCGGAAGAAUUCAAAUCAGAAACAUCAGGCACUGUGCGACAAUGGUUCAUUAAAGUCGGCGAUGUGCUCACCCGUCCCGGCAUCCGAAUAGUCGAAAUCGAAGAGCCAUGUUCACACGAGGAACUGUUUGGCAAUCUCUGCGUUAUCUGCGGAGUGGACGUCACCCAGCUGGACAACUACCUCACAAGCAGACCUAAUGCGUCGCGAGCGACUGUCGCCACUUCGCACAACAACACCGCCCUCAAAGUGAGCGAGCGCGUUGCCAACACGCGGAGUGAGGAGUUGACGCGCCGGCUGCUGGAGAGCAGAAAACUGUCCCUGGUAGUAGAUCUGGACCAGACCAUCAUCCACGCCACCGUUGACCCAACCGUUGCCGAGUGGCAGAAGGAUCCGGAUAAUCCAAACUAUGACGCGGUCAAGGAUGUCAAGGCAUUCCAACUCCUGGACGACGGACCAGGCAUGCGCGGAUGCUGGUACUACAUUAAGCUGCGGCCAGGAUUAGACCAGUUUCUGCAGGCUAUCGCGAAAAAGUAUGAGCUGCAUAUCUACACCAUGGGAACCCGUGCGUAUGCACAGAACAUUGCGAAGAUUGUGGAUCCUCAGCACAAGAUCUUUGGAGAUAGAAUUCUCAGCAGAGACGAGAGCGGCAGCAUGACGGCGAAGAACCUGCACCGCCUGUUCCCUGUUACGACGGACAUGGUUGUCAUCAUCGACGAUCGUGGAGAUGUUUGGCACUGGAAUGCAAAUCUCGUCAAGGUGUCGCCGUAUGACUUUUUCGUUGGCAUUGGAGACAUCAACUCGAGCUUCUUGCCGAAAACACAAGGUGCAGUGCCAAAACCGAAGGUUGGACGCACCGUUGCAACCAAUGGGGGUGCACCCGCCGCAGGCAACCUCGCAGAUAAAGGAAAGGAGCGGGUGCUCGACACACAAUCAGCGGACAACGGUGACAUGGCACCGGACGAUGAAGAUUCGGACCUAGGGGCGCAGAUUGUUGCCAUGGCAGGGUCCGGUACAGAUGCUGAUUUCACUGCGCAGACAGAAGCUCAAGAAGAGCUUAUUGCAACGCAGCUAGAAGACAGACCGCUCCUAAGAAGGCAAGAAGCAUUAGACCAGCUCGAUGAAGCCGAAGACGUCAAUGGCGAUGGAAGCGAAACGUCAUCAGAGCACUCGCAAAGGCAUAGACACAACCUUUUAAGAGACGACGAUGACGAGCUGCAGUACUUGCAAAAACAUCUUGAAGACGUACACCGAGCAUUCUUCGAAGAGUUCGACGCAAGAAAGAGAAGAAUGGCCGCAGGCAGAGUCGCAGAGCUUCGGGGGGACAAGACUAGUCCCAAGAAAGCGCCGGUUGUCGACGACCUGGAGCUUGUCCCUGAUGUCAAGGUGAUUAUGCCUGCCAUGAAAAGGCAAGUGCUUCAGGGCGUUGUCAUCUGCUUCACGGGCGUCAUUCCACAGGGCAUCGAUCAUAAGAAGUCUGACUUGGGCAUGUGGGCGCAGAGCUUUGGAGCUCGCAUCAACACCCACCUUACCAAGUCCACAACCCACGUGAUCGCACACAAAGACCGACGGACAAGCAAAGUUCGACAAGCCACGCAGCACCCACGAAUCCAGAUAGUGUCCGUUAGCUGGCUCUACGAGUGUUUCUCGCGCUGGGAACAUGUCGACGAAGGCCCGCACACCAUUGAGUUUGACCGAGAUGCAGGGCACCACGACUCUCUUCCGUUCGACGAGUUCGAGGAGGGAGUGAUCCUCACCCCCUCCGAAGACGGCGAAGAAAUCAGCGACUUGCCAGACGACCAAGAAGGGGAACCAUUGUCGCCAACGUUUGAGAAGGGAGAGAUGGACUGGAAAGAAGCGAACGACGAGCUGAAGGAAUUCAUGGGCAGCGACGAUGAAUCUGAGUUCGACGAAGGUUCUGAGUCAGACGCCAGCAACGCCAGCAUCAGCAGCAGCAGAAGCGAAACGCAGACGAGGAAACGAAAGAGAACACCCAGCUCGGUGGACGGAGAACGGGAAGGCGAGGAUGCCGACGGCAGUGCGUCAGGGGGCGUCAACGGAUCUGCGCUUCAAAAACGGAGGAAGAAGGCCUCGGAGCGAACGACGGGGCUGACCAACGUCACCGUCGCAUCGGAGUCGUCCGGUCUGCCGAGUCCAGAGACGACCGGCCCAGAGGAGGGGAACGGCGUGGCGAACGGGGCCGAAGACGACAUGGAAGAAGAGGUAGAAGGGCAGGGAGAAGGAGAGGGAGAGGAGGAUGAAGAUGGCGGCGACAUUGACGAAGAAGACGACGAUGACUUUGCGAAGAUGAUGGAGGAAGCCAUGGCCAGCGCGAGCGAUGACGAGGAGGACGUCGAGUCGUGAGAAUUCAAACGCUCGCAUAGAGUCGUCCUCUCCUACCCGCAUUUUAGCAUCUAGUCUUUUAUUCGCCCCGUCUGCGGCCCUCACAACGGGUCCGUCCGACUCUCACCGGGUAACCACUUUUCUUUUACACCUCUCUCUGGUGAGGGAGGAUUGCAUAGCGUGGCGAAACGGUUUGGACAAAUGAGUGGGCGUCUCUAGCAAAAAUUUUCCUUCUUUUUUCCCUUUUCGUUGUGCAUUAUAUGCAUGGUUACGACCUUUU